UUCCGCCUUGUGGAGCUGCUGCUGCUGACUAUCUGGGUAGCCACCCGCCGAAGCGGUGUCGUCGGGGCUGCCUCCGAGCUGAGAAAUGUGUCCCCGACGCGUGGGAGAGGUGAGAGACAGCGGCGUCCAUAAAAGCGGCAAGCCAUCAUGAUUCCCAUCACAGAGCUCCGGUACUUUGCCGACAUCCAGCCGGCGUACCGUAUCCUGAAGCCGUGGUGGGACGUCUUCAACGACUACAUCUCGGUGGUCAUGCUGAUGAUCGCCGUGUUUGGCGGCACGUUGCAGAUCACACAUGACAAGAUGAUCUGCCUGCCGUGCAAGUGGGUCACCAACGACUCGUGUGAUGCGGCGCCCCCCCGCGGCGCCUCGGCCCCGCCACAGGGGGAGCCCCGGGGCAUUCAGAACGAGCUGGACCGCCACCAGUACAGCUAUAUUGACGCCGUGUGUUACGAGAGCAAGCUGCACUGGUUCGCCAAGUACUUCCCCUACUUGGUGUUGCUCCACACGCUCAUCUUCCUGGCCUGCAGCAACUUCUGGUUCAAGUUCCCGCGCACCAGCUCCAAACUCGAGCACUUUGUCUCCAUCCUGCGAAAGUGCUUCGAUUCCCCGUGGACCACCAGGGCGCUGUCGGAGACGGUGGUGGAGGAGAGGGACUCCAAGCCUCCAGGGAAGAUGAACGGCUCGGCGGACAAGAAGACCCUGCACCGCCAGUUGCCCGCCAGCGAGGACGUGGAGGCUAGCGCGCCCAUGCUCCAGAGAACGAAGACCAAAAUCGAGCAAAGGAUUGUGGAUCGAUCGGAAACGGGGGUUCUGGACAAAAAGGAAGGGGAGCAGGCCAAGGCUCUUUUUGAAAAGGUGAAGAAGUUCCGGAUGCACGUAGAAGAAGGAGACGUCAUCCACCGUUUGUAUGUGCGUCAGACCAUCAUCAAAGUCAUCAUGUUUUUGGUGAUCAUCAGCUACGCGAGCUACCACGUGGGCUACAUCCGCUUCAGCGUCGUGUGCAUGGUGGAUACGGAGAAGCUGACGGGCUACAGCACCUUCUACUGCGCCCACCCGCUGGCGACGCUCUUCAAAAUCCUGGCGUCGUUCUACAUCAGUCUGGUGCUGGUGUACGGCCUGAUCGCCAUGUACACGCUGUGCUGGAUGCUGCAGCGCACGCUCAAGCGCUACUCCUUCGAGGCCAUCCGCGAAGAGGGCAGCUACAGCGACAUCCCCGACCUGAAGAACGACUUCGCUUUCAUGCUGCACAUGCUCGACCAGUACGACCCGCUCUACUCCAAGCGCUUCGCCGUCUUCUUGUCGGAGGUGAGCGAGAACAAGCUGCGGCAGCUCAACCUCAACAACGAGUGGACGCUGGAGAAGCUGCGGCAGCACAUCUCCAAGAACUCCCAGGAGAAGGUGGAGCUGCACCUGUGCAUGCUGAGCGGCAUCCCCGAGACCGUGUUCGACCUGGUGGAGCUGGAGGGCCUCAAGCUGGAGUUCAUCCCCGACAUCACCAUUCCGCCCAUCGUGGCCAAGCUCCCCAACCUGCGCGAGUUGCGGCUCUACCACACGCCGGCUAAAAUCGAGUCGGCGGCCCUGACGUUCCUCAGGGAGAAGCUCAAGUCCCUGCACAUCAAGUUCACCGACAUCAAGGAGAUCCCGCUGUGGAUCUACAGCCUCAAGAACCUCAGCGAGCUGCACCUGACCGGUAACCUGAGCGCAGACAACAACCGCUACAUCGUCCUAGACGGGCUGCGCGAGCUGAAGAGGCUCAAGGUGCUCCGUCUGAAGAGCAACCUGUACAAGCUGCCACAGGUGGUGACCGACCUGAGCACGCACCUCCAGAAGCUGUCCAUCAACAACGAGGGCACCAAGCUCAUGGUGCUCAACAGCCUGAACAAGAUGGUCAACCUAAGCGAACUGGAGUUGGUGCACUGCGACCUGGAGCGCAUUCCGCACUCCAUCUUCAGCCUGCACAACCUGCAGGAGAUCAACCUGAAGGACAACAACCUGAAGACAAUCGAGGAGAUCAUCAGCUUCCAGCAUCUUCGACGCCUGGUGUGCCUGAAGCUGUGGUACAACCAGAUCGCCUACAUCCCCAUUCAGAUCGGUACCCUCAACAACCUGGAGAGGCUGUAUCUCAACAAGAACAAGAUCGAGAAGGUGCCCAGCCAGCUCUUCUUCUGUCACAAGCUGCGCCUCUUGGACUUGAGUCACAACAACUUGACCAGCAUCCCGGCUGACGUGGGCUUGCUCCAGAACCUGCAGCACUUUGCCGUCACGGAAAACCGAAUCGAGACGCUGCCGAUGGAGUUGUUCCAGUGCAAAAAGCUGCGUGUGCUGCAGCUGGGCAACAACUGCCUGGAGACGCUGCCGGCGUGCGUGGGCGGGCUGGCCGGCUUGACCCAGCUCGAGCUGCGCGGCAACAACCUGGAGGGCCUGCCGCCCGAGCUGGGCGAGUGUCGGCUGCUGGAGCGCAGCGGCCUGGUGGUGGAGGAGAAGCUGUUCAACACGCUGCCGCUUGAGGUCAAGGAGCAACUGCUAGGCGCAGACAAGGAGAAAGUGUGACAGCUUUUUUAGUUUUUUAUUGCUUUGCGAAGGUAAGUCGAGGCCGUGCACCUUUUUUUGUGACGUGAGAGUCACAAAUGGACCUUGAGAAACCUUAAAUGUCCCUCACGCAUGCUCCAAUUCACCGAUUGUGUGAUCUUAACACUUUUGGCCUUAAAAGUCAAUAAGAACUGUGUCGCUUGGUGUGUGGUGUGCCACCCGGGCUCUGUGAAAAGCCCCCUUUUUUGUAUUUUUAAUCAGCAUGUUUGAGUCUUUUUCUUUUUGCAUGGACUAUUGCACUGCUUAUGUGUCAAUGGACCGCAUUACGGAGUCUUUAUGAUCCAAUCUGUUGAAAUGGAAUAAGACAAGGGCUGUGUUCGGAACCUUUCACUCAUUCCCUACUCCCUUUGUAUGUAGUGGACUAUAUAGUUCACUCGUCAGUCAAAUGAAAAAUAGUUUUGGAAUGCUACUCGGAUGUGCCCUUAACUGAUUCAUUGUCGUGGACGUUUGUAUUUGUCAACUGGCAUCCAACCAUAUACUUCCACCAGCGUUUAUCUGUCAAGUAUGUUUUUCAAGUAGGCGUGGAAGAGGGUCUCACCCAGCAAAAUGAAUACAAAGCAUUUUAUGUCCUCCUGUGUUGCGAUCUGUUGCUGCUUUGGUAUCGGCGCAAUGCAAUUACGUUUUGUGGACACAAUCUAGGGGAUAACCUAUAUUCACUACACAUUCCUACAGCCCUACAACCUAGCCAACUCACUAUGUAGGGCACUAUAUCGUGGAUAGGGAGUGAUUCCCAACACAGCCACGUUUACGUUAUGCCAGCCUUCUUGAUUUUUUGCUUUCGCAAGCUAACUUGACAUUUUUUGCUCCUUUAGAGGCAAUUGCGUAGUGAAAGGAAUGUUUUAUAAUGCAGAGAGAAUGUGUGUUAUUGAUUCAUCAGGUCCACUGCAGCCUUGAUUGAAUUAUUCCACGUGGCUUAGCAUGCUGCUAACACAGCCUUAAAUUCAGUUGUUUUUUUUUUUAAAUACAAGCUUUACAAGUUUGCAGUACUAAACGUUUACUCACGAAAGGAAUGCGCUCCUACAGUUGCCUGAUUUUUGUGUAUUUAUUCUACUAUUAAACUUUUGCCAUGUUUGAGUAAGUCAGUGUUUGCUAACCUUAAUUGAGUCAAAACAUAUUUUCAAUCAGAAAAAUCUCAUGGCACACCAGCAAACCAAAUUAUCACAAAUGUAAUGAAAUAACGGUGAUCUCAUCUCAAUUUGCUCAUAAAUUUACACACUGCGCGUUAAAUGUGGUCCUGGUUAGUUGAAAAUAAAGUUAUUCUGUUGUAUGAAUGGCAACAGGUGGAUACAUAUCUUAAAUGGACCUUCUGCCAUCUAGUGGAAGAGCUUUUAAUUGUCCUGGCUGUCACUAUACAUCGCUGGCAUGGAUAGAUGAACAUACAUAAUUUCUAGUGAAUAAAUGAAAACCUCUGUAAGGUGAAAAUAAAUUUGAAAUGCUCGAGACGAGUGUUGUUAACAACCCUGCCAGUUUCUGCUGAAUGCGCUGAAACAACUUCCCGCUCAGCUGUCAGCUGUUAAUCCAAAUUAGAGCAUCUUUCUUCUCCCUACGCAACCGUACGCCUACGUUGGGGCCGCAAAAAUAUGAAGCCUCCGGUGGCCGGUCGUAGCGGUACUGUUCCAUGCUGCGACAACGAGGCGCUCUAAAGCGGCCGCGCUAAUGCCAAGCCCCUGACCACAUUACGCCGGGGCUCAGAGGCUGCGUCUCUGCAGCCCGUGAGCAUGAGACAAUGCACGUGUUUGAUUGACAGCUGAAAGUUGCGGGGAGGCGGGGUUUUCAGAGCAUUCAACGACCCGCCCACAGCAUCGGCAAGCUGAAAGAAUGUCUCAGUGCCUGAUUUCGCGUACUUUUUUUUUUUUUUUUUUUUUUUUUAUUAUUUAAAUUUUUUGGGCCUCUAAAAAGGGUCUUUAAGAAAAAUUGGAUCGUUUUCACAGUCAGUGUUCAAAGUCUUUUUUUUAACAUUCUUAUCUGGUAUGAAAGCGUAAAAUAAUUUAUUUGAUUGUUUAUUUAGCACAAUUUAAAAACAGUGCAAAGAUGGAAUCAAGCUGGGAGAGCUUGCACAGGAUUGAAUCACUUUAUAAGAAAAGUGUAAAGAAACUGCAAAACUAAGGCACCUUCAUGACGGGUGCGUGCGCACUGAUGAACUUGGACGGUCCGCCGUACAACGGCAGCUGUGCUCUUUACAAAACAAAAAAAACGCUCUUCACUUCCUGCUACCGUGAAGGUCAGUCAGCGGUACGCAGGAAGUUAAUGAUUCUUGUAAAUCGCCUACGCCCGUGCGGAAGGUCUUAAAGGGGACGCACUAUUUAAAAAGUUUGAAUUGCUUGCGUACAAAAAGUUGCCUGCCCACCCAGCAAGUGUGACAAUAAACAGUAACCUGAGAGGAACAAAAUAACUGACCCACAGCGACUUUCUCCACACGUGACAUGAUCAGCUAGGCUCAGGGAAGAUCCAGAGCCGCUUUCGAAACCAAACUGCCAAACUAGGCUCUGUAUGAAACACUUCGCAUGCGUAGGCACUAUCUUAAAGAAAUCCCCAAAACCUUCAUAAGCUACUAGGUAAGCAGAGCUGCGUUGGCCAAGGCAGUAUUUGUGCUUUGGGAUUUGUCAAUGCGCCACAUAUACACAGCAUAUUGUGUAAAGUGCUGCCGCCACGAAUUAAUUUAAUUUUAUUUGUUUAAAUUAUUUUUUUACGUAAUUGCUGCUGUUGAGCUCCCCUUCAACAAGUAGAAGUUGUUGCCAUGGUAAUUGGCUUAGCAGUAUUUGGGUGGGGAAUGCUCACUCCUUGAACAGGCAGGACAAGAAAUUGUGUGAAGUGUGCUAUAAUUCUUUUUGGAUGAAAGCAUUAUUAAAACACCUUGGAACUGUUUUUACUUGUGAAAAAACAAUGUUAUGUUUCCUUUUUGUUAGUGAAAGGACGCCAUACUACUAAUGUGUAGUAAAUGUUUUUGGAAUGUAAAUUUAAAUGCCUUUAUUGGUUGCACUUUUUGUACACUUGUGACACAAUAAACUGUUUUGACACUGA